AAAAUGUUCAUAUAUGUUUGCGCCUUACUGUAAUAGAAUCUCUGUCUCAUCUUAACCUGUGGAUAGAGAGAGAGAGAGAGAAGGGGGUGUAGGAGGAGGGGGGUCAGUAUUUGGUGCAGGCUGCGCGACUCGAUAGUAAGGUCCGCGUCGGUACGGAUCCCGGUGCCCACGUAUGGACAGAGCGGCUGAAAUCUCGAUUAGACUUGUCGGAUUAAUGUUAUGCGCGCUGAAGGAUCCAUAUCGAAAGAUGAAAUGCACCGCUGCGGAAGUCUUCUGAAAUGUCAGUGUCACAGUUUCUGAUGGUCAAAUACAUCCACGUCCUCUGCUGGCGCUUCUCCUUGGAUCAACCAUUUUUCUGCCUUAAAUGCGUAGCUGAACCUGCUAAUAUUAGAGGCUGACGAGGCUGCUGGAUACAUCACCUCGAAUAAACCCUCUGAUCGCUUAUUGUUCUCGCUUGCUUUUAUUGGAUGUCGCAUUGGUUGCUUGGACGCUACGGAGAUUAAAAUAAACGGUUGAUCCAUGUUGGUGUAUACACGUUGCGUUUGGUUUGUGUUGUAACCUAGCUCUGAGAUCUCAAUGAUCACCUUCUGGCCGGACUGAUCCCGUCUCCUGCUGCAAACCGCAGCCGGCGAGAGCACGCUGUUUUAGGAUGCAGGUGAAAAGCCCGAUAUGCGCCGAAGGGUCCCCGGGAGACAUCGAGACAGACGAGUGUCAGAAAAAGACGUCAUGUUUCUCCAACAUCAAAAUCUUCCUGGUGUCAGAAUGCGCGCUGAUGCUGGCCCAGGGUACCGUCGGUGCAUAUCUGGUGAGUGUGCUGACAACCCUGGAGCGCCGCUUUAACUUGAAGAGUGCAGAUGUGGGCGUCCUCGCCAGCAGCUUCGAGGUCGGCAACCUGGCCCUCAUCCUCUUUGUCAGCUACUUUGGGGCGCGGGCCCACCGUCCGCGCCUGAUUGGUUGCGGCGGUAUCGUCAUGGCGCUGGGGGCGCUGCUUUCAGCACUCCCGGAGUUCCUGACGCACCAGUACGAGUAUGAGAGCGGCGACUGGCGGCCCGUUGGGGAGGGCAGGGACUUGUGUGUCAACAGCUCACGGGGGACCACUGACCCCGGCUUCUGUGGGGACAGGUCCAACACCAACAUGAUGUACCUGCUGCUGAUCGGGGCCCAGGUGUUGCUGGGCAUCGGAGCCACACCUGUUCAGCCUCUAGGGGUGUCUUACAUCGAUGACCACGUCAGGAGAGAGGAUUCAUCUUUGUACAUAGGUAUCCUCUUCUCCACGCUGGUGUUUGGGCCUGCGUGUGGGUUCAUCCUUGGCUCCUUCUGUACUAAGUUCUAUGUGGACGCCGUCUUCAUAGAUGCCAGUACGCUGGACAUCACGCCCGACGACCCGCGCUGGAUCGGGGCCUGGUGGGGCGGUUUCAUCCUCUGCGGCUUCUUCCUGUUCCUGUCCUCGCUCUUCAUGUUCGGCUUCCCGCAGUCGCUGAUCGAGGGGCCGGAGAGCACCGGGAGCGACAGCCAGCAGGCCAUACUCCCCGCCGAGCUGGUGCAGGAGUACGAGGGCCACGCCGCGCAACUCAACCACAACAGCGGCCUCACCUGCUGCCAGCACCUGCAAAUAAUUCCCAAGGUGACCAAGCACCUGUUGUCCAAUCCCGUGUUCACCUGUGUGAUUCUGGCUGCGUGCAUGGAGAUAGCCGUAGUAGCAGGAUUCGCUGCUUUUCUGGGAAAGUACCUGGAGCAGCAGUUCAACCUGACAACCUCGUCAGCCAAUCAGCUUCUGGGCAUGACAGCCAUACCCUGUGCGUGCCUGGGCAUCUUUCUGGGGGGGCUGCUGGUGAAGAGAUUGGACCUGUCGGCCUUGGGGGCUAUUCGCCUGGCUAUGAUGGUCAACGUGGCGUCCACCGCCUGCUACGUCUCCUUCCUCUUCCUGGGCUGUGACACAGGGCCUAUCGCCGGGGUCACUGUUGCCUAUGGAAAUGAGUCUCUGGGCACGUGGCAGAAGGCUGACGCAGCCUGCAUAAGUGGCUGUGACUGCUACACCACCUCACUCAGCCCAGUGUGCGGAUCCAAUGGAGUCACCUACCUCUCCCCAUGCCUCGCCGGCUGCACCAAACCAGACCUGAUGGGCUGCAGGUGCAUCACCGGUGGCAACAGCGUGGGCUCGGCGCUGCCAGGGAAGUGCCAGAGUGCAGACUGCCAGAGAGCUUUCCUGACCUUCCUGGCUGUGGUGUGUUGCUGCAGCAUGGUGGGGGCCAUGGCACAGACGCCUUCAGUUAUCAUCCUCAUCAGGACUGUGAGUCCAGAGCUGAAGUCUUAUGCCCUUGGAGUUCUGUUCUUGUUGCUACGGCUACUUGGCUUCAUCCCUCCCCCUCUGAUCUUUGGCAUCGGGAUCGACUCCACCUGCCUGCUGUGGAGCUCUGUGUGCGGCUUGCGAGGCGCCUGCCUGCUCUACGACAAUGUCACUUACCGCCACCUGUACGUCAGCUUCGCCAUCGCGCUCAAGGCCAGUGCCUUUGUGCUCUACACCAUCACCUGGCUCUGCUUGCGCACCCACUACGAUCGCUACAUCCGCAACAACGAGGGCUACCUCACGCCCACCCAGCUGUUCGCCUCUAACGUCACCCUCGAUAACCUGGGCAAGGAGAUCACCCAGAACCCCGUCAACCGCACCAAGUUCAUCUACAACCUGGAGGACCAGGACUGGAACGAGAACAUGGAGUCUGUCAUCUAAGGAAAAAAGGAAAGAAGAAGAAAAAGGAAUGGAGAAGGAGAAAACGAUGAGGAGAGACUGGCAGUGGAGAAGAAAAAGAAGAAGAAAAAAGGAGAAGAAAAGGUGCGAGAAAGUUGUGAGAAAACGAAUCGAUGCAGGGAGUAGAUGGAGGAAGGAAGGAAAGGUGACAUUAGCAUAGGA